AUGGCGCCUACAAGUGAUGGUGGUGGUACGAAGGAUGAAAGUGCCAAACAUGUAUUGGAUGAAUUUGGGCAAAAAGUGUACGAAGAAAUAGUGGGAAAAAAAGCUGAUGCUAAAACAUAUAAAGAUGAAUUGAGAGGAAAGUUGUCACUAGCACCAAUUUGGAAUGAAUCAGCUGGCACCGAUGAUCCAUGCAAACUUGAAAGUGAAUAUACUGAACUUAUUAGUGGUAGUCUUGCUUCUGGUGGUGCUGCUCGCGGUCAUCCGUGCGGAAACGUAAGUGGAAAUGAUGGAACAGGAAAUGACGAUUUAAAACGUUUUUCUAAAGAACGUGUCUCUAAAUAUGAUGAGAAAAAAAUAAGAGGUAGUAAUGAUGGAGCCUGUCCUCCAUAUAGAAGAUUAUCUCUAUGCAACAAAAAUCUGGAAAAUAUAAAGACUAAUAUAAUUGAUAACAAGCAUGAUUUGUUGGUAGAUGUGUGUAUGGCAGCAAAAUAUGAAGGGGAAUCAAUAAAAGCACAUUAUCCUAAAUAUGAUGCAGAAUAUUCUUCUGGUUCUGGUUCUGAUUUUCCAAUGUGUACUAUGUUGGCACGCAGUUUUGCAGAUAUAGGAGAUAUUGUAAGAGGAAAAGAUCUAUAUAGUGGUAAUAAGAAAAAGGAAAAAUUAGAACAGAAUUUACAAAAAAUUUUCAAAGAAAUAUAUGACAAAUUGAAUGGCGCAAAAGACCACUACCAAAAGGACGGUGAUAAAUUUUUUCAAUUAAGGGAAGAUUGGUGGACAGCGAAUAGGCACACCGUGUGGAAAGCAUUAACAUGCAAGGCGGAAGGUGCAUAUUUUCGACCAACGUGCAGUGAUGGAAAUAGUCAGUCUCAAGCUACAAAGCAAUGCCGCUGUAACGACAAGCCAAAUGCCGGCAAGCCAAAGGCUGGCAACGGCGACGUAAAUAUUGUCCCCACCUAUUUCGAUUAUGUGCCGCAGUAUAUUCGCUGGUUCGAGGAAUGGGCAGAAGAUUUUUGCAGGAAAAAAAAAAAAAAAGUACAAAAUUUGCAAAAACAAUGUCGCGGAACUGAUGCAAGUAAGGAACCAAGAUAUUGUAGUCGUAAUGGAUUUGAUUGCGAAAAAACCAUUAGCAGAAUAGGUAAGGUACGUAUGGGUAAGGGUUGCACUGACUGUUUUUUUGCAUGUCAUCGUUAUGAAAAUUGGAUAGAUAACCAACGAAAACAAUUUCUAAAACAAAAAAACAUAUAUGAAAAUGAAAUAUUAGGUAAUAGUAGUCGAAGACGAGGUGCAGGUGGUGCAACUACUACUAAUUAUGAAGAGUAUGAAAAAAAGUUUUAUUUAAAACUACAAAGUAAUGGAUAUGGUGAUGUUAAUGAUUUUUUGGGAUUAUUAAGUAAAGAAAAAGCAUGCGAACAAAUUACUACACAAGAAGAAGGAAGAAUUAAUUUUGCUGAAAAACAUGAUGAUAAUAAUAAUGAUAAAGAAAAAGGAACCUUUUAUCGUUCAAAAUAUUGCCAACCAUGUCCCGACUGUGGGGUCAAACCUCUAGGAGGAGGAAAAUUUCAAGACAAAGAAACAAAGCGAAAAAAAUGCGAGGGUGAAAAACUUUAUGAGCCUAAACCCAACAAAGAAGGUACUACUAUUACAAUCCUUAAAAGUGGUGAAAACCAUGAUGAUAUUGAAACAAAAUUAAAAGCGUUUUGCAAAACACAAAAUGGUGGUGGUGUUGUUCUUAGUGGUGGUCGUGAUAAUGAAAAAAAGAGUGAUAAAGAUUCUUUAUAUGAAGAAUGGAAAUGUUAUGAAGGUAAAGAUGUAAAGAAAGUUAAAAAUGGAGAGGAAGAGGAUGACGAGGAAGAUGUACAGGAGGUAAAAGAUGCAGGCGGAUUAUGUAUAUUAAAAAACGACAAAAAUAAAAAAGAAGAAAAGACUGUAAACGAACCUGAGCAAUUCCAAAAGACAUUCCAUGAUUUAUUUUACUAUUGGGUUGCACAUAUGUUAAAAGAUUCUAUAUAUUGGGAAACACAAAAACUUGAUAAAUGUUUACAAAAUGGUAACAAAAAAUGUGGAAAAAAAAUAUGUAAUAGUGAUUGCGAUUGUUUUAAAAGAUGGGUAGAUCAAAAAAAAGAACAAGAAUGGAUGAAAAUAAGAAACCAUUUUUACACGCAAGAAAUUAAGGGCUUUCAAGGAGAACUUUUCAAACUUAGCCACGAUGAUCUUCUUAAACAAGUUUUGAAAGAAGAAUUUUAUAAAGAAAAAUCCGAAGACGCUUCCGCACAAGAUAACCAAAAUAGUCUGGAUGCAGAGGAGGCAAAGGAACUAAAACAACUUAGCAAAAUCAUUGAAAGUGAAGAAAAUCAAGAAGCAGGAGCUGGUGCCAAUGGAAAAAAAAAUAUAAUGGAUAAAUUGAUCGACUACGAAGAAAAAGAAGCACAAAAAUGCCUAGAAAAACGCAAACAAACGUGUCCACCACCAGAAGAAAGUCCCGAUCGCUCCCAAACACCACCUGCCAGCCGCUCCGAUUCACCACGUGUCGACCAAAAGGAAGAAGAAGAAGAGGAAGAGGAAGAAGACGACGAAGACGAAGACGAAGUCGAGGAUACGGCGGAGGGGGAGACGCAGGCGGAAACGGAACAGGUGGAAGACCAGGUGAACGGGGAGGGGGAGCAGCCGGUGGAAGACCACAGUGACCAGGUGGAGGAAGGAACGACACAAGACAAUGCGGAGAAGCCAUGUGAAAUAGUGGACAAACUAUUUAAUAAUCCAGACAAUUUUAAAGAAGUCGCGUGCCAACAAAAAUAUGCCAAAAACAACUCACGUUUAGGUUGGAAGUGCAUAGCAAGUGACACAAAAAGUGUUGCCACUGUCAAAAGUGAUGCUAGUGGUAGUAUUUGUGUGCCACCAAGGAGGCGACGACUAUACGUGGGUCAUUUACAGAAGUGGGCGGAAAAAUACAACAAGGUGGCACCACAGGUGGGUGGUGGUAACACAAAGGCGGGUGAGUCAUCACAAUCAAGUAGUGGUAGUGAAACACCCUCACAACCAGACCCCAAAGUGGAACUACGUGAUGCAUUUGUUGAGUCUGCGGCAAUAGAGACUUUUUUCUUAUGGGAUAGAUAUAAGAAAAUAAAAGAAAAAGAAAAACAAGAGGAACAACAACGACAACAAGAAAAUGGAGGACGACUCGCCACUCUCAACGGUGAUACCCUCAGUGUUGAACAAACCCCAGAAAACCAAUUAAAAAGUGGUAUAAUCCCCAACGAUUUCUUGAGAUUAAUGUUUUAUACAUUAGCAGACUACAAAGAUAUAUUAUUUAGUGGUAGUAAAGACGACAACACGAAGAGUAGUACCUACAACGACAUAAUUAGUGGUGAUAAAGAAAUUGCGCAAAGAGAAAAGACAAUAAAAGGUGCUAUAAGUACCUAUUUUUCAAAUAGUGGCACAACUCCCACACCUGUCACCCAACCUAGUGGCCAAAAAACCACACCAAAAGAUUGGUGGAAAGAAAACGCAAAACAUAUUUGGGAAGGGAUGAUUUGUGCUUUGACCUAUAAAGAAAGUGAAAACGGCGACAAAACAAUAGAAAAGGAUGAACAAGUGUACGAGAAAAUUUUCGGGAAAGACAACAACGACAAACCUGGCACAACCGGCACAAACACUGGCACAACCGGAACCCCAACCGGCACAUACAAUGACAGAUACAAAUACGAAACUGUUAAACUCGACGAUCAAAGUGAAACGGAAGCCAUUUCCAACGACAACCCAACCUUGGAGGAAUUCUCCAAACGACCUACAUAUUUUCGUUGGUUACAUGAGUGGGGAGAGAGUUUCUGUCGGGAGAGGAAGAAGCGGUUGAAAGACAUAAUAUAUGAAUGUCGUAAUAUUGACAAAGCAGGUCACCAUUAUUGUAGUGGGGAUGGUCAUGAUUGUACUGAUAAAAAUCUUAGACAUAAGAAUAUGUCUGCAGAUUUAUUUUGUCGGGAUUGCCACAAACAAUGUAGAAAAUAUAGAAAAUGGAUAGAUAUAAAAUUCGAAGAAUUUCAAAAUCAAAAAAGUAUAUAUCAGGCGGAACAUGGUAAAUUAAAAGCUAAUCAUAAUGGUGAUAAUAAUUGUUGUAAAGAAAUACACAAUCGUUCUACUGCUGCAAAAUUUUUGGAAGCAUUGAAACAUUGCAAAAAUAAUGAAGGUGACGAGGAAAAAGAGGAGGAUAAAAAAAAUAAUAAAAUAGAUUUUGGGAAACCUCUCGAAACGUUUCGUCAUUCAAAAUAUUGUGAAACGUGUCCUUUUAAUAGAGUUACUUGUAAUAGUGGUAGAAAAAGUGGUACAAAUGGAUGUAAUGUUAACGGAAAUGGAGAGACGUGGGAAAGUGUUUUUAAUGGAAUACCUGAAAACGGUGGAAAGACUACUACUAUUACUGUAGAAAUGAUUGAUCGUAGGGGACCGUUUAUUAAAGAGUAUUUAAAUAAUUCACAAAAAUCCGAAAAAUCAAAUGAUUUAUUUAAUGCAUCACGUUUAUUUAAAGGUUUAAGAGUGCAAAACUGGAAAUGUAAAUUUAAUGAUCAAAAGAUGAAUGUGUGUCACCUUAUUAAUUUUAAUAAAGAUAUAGACCUUAAUAAAUAUACUACAUUUAAAGUAUUUCUACUAUAUUGGUUAGAAGAUUUUUUAUAUGGUUAUUAUAUAUCAAAAAAAAGAAAAAUAGUCGAAAAAUGUACACAAAAAGGAGAAAAGGCAUGUAGUGGUGAUGGAAAUUCUAAAAACGAUUGUGCAUGUGUUAAAAUAUGGAUAGAACAAAAGGAAAAGGAGUGGGAUCAAAUAAAAAAUUAUUAUGAUGCAAAUUUUAAAACGGACAGUGAGCAUAUUUAUUCUAGGAUUAACAGUUUUUUUGAGCAGCAACUGUUUGAUAGCGGUAUCAAAAAAGAUAAACAAAAGGUUACAGAAUUAAGAGAUUUAGAGAGAUCACUUGGAUGUGAGUGCGCUGAGAACUCAAAAAAGAUUAAAGAUGCUGACAAAAAGGAUAUCGUAGAAUGCAUACAUAAAUAUCUUGAAAAAAAAAUUGGUGAGUGUACAUCCCAACCUAGUGGCGAAAACGAAGCACAGUGUGAAAAUUCCUCCCCCUUUGAAGAUGACGAUGAAGAGGACUUACUCCUUGUAGAAGACGACAAAAUAAUCAAACAACCGGGAUUUUGUCCACCCCCAGAGGAAAAAACAGAAAUAGAGGGAACAGAUGACAAGUGUGAAGAAGCAUCAUCCCCUGUUGUACCCGAACAACCUGCAAAAGAAGAUGGUGACCCAGCAGCACAACCCGAAGACGAUACAGAGAAAAAAGCCCCAGUCAAACCAACACCAACAAAACCACAACGACCACGUAGGCCACGACGAACCCUCGAACUCUUGGAUAAUCCCCCCUUUAAAACCGCCCUCAUGUCUUCUACCAUCAUGUGGAGUAUUGGCAUCGGUUUUGCUGCGUUCACUUAUUUUUUUCUAAAGAAAAAAACCAAAUCAUCUGUUGGAAAUUUAUUCCAAAUACUGCAAAUACCCAAAGGUGAUUAUGAUAUACCUACAUUGAAAUCAAGCAAUAGAUAUAUUCCUUAUGCUAGUGAUCGAUAUAAAGGCAAAACAUAUAUUUAUAUGGAAGGAGAUAGUAGUGGUGAUGAAAAAUAUGCAUUUAUGUCUGAUACUACUGAUGUAACUUCCUCAGAAAGUGAGUAUGAAGAAUUGGAUAUUAAUGAUAUAUAUGUACCAGGAAGUCCUAAAUAUAAAACAUUAAUAGAAGUGGUACUUGAACCAUCAAAAAGGGAUACACAAAAUGAUAUACACAAUGAUAUACCUAGUGAUAUACCAAAUACACCUAGUGAUACACCACCACCUAUUACUGAUGAUGAAUGGAAUCAAUUGAAAAAAGAUUUUAUAUCUAAUAUGUUACAAAAUACACAAAAUACGGAACCAAAUAUUUUACAUGAUAAUGUGGAUAAUAAUACCCAUCCUACCAUGUCACGUCAUAAAGUGGACCAAAAACCUUUUAUUAUGUCCAUACAUGAUAGAAAUUUAUACAUUGGAGAAGAAUAUAGUUAUGAUAUGAGUACUAACAGUGGUCAAAAUAAUGUUUACAGUGGUAUUGAUCCAACAAGUGCUAACCAUGAUUCUUAUAGUGAUAAAAAUGAUCCAAUUAGUGAUAACCAUCAUCCUUAUAGUGGUAUAGAUUUAAUCAAUGACGUACUAAAUGGUGAUUAUGACAUUUACGAUGAAAUAUUGAAACGAAAAGAAAAUGAAUUAUUUGGAACAUAUCAUACGAAAAAAAAUACAUCAACCAAUAGUGUUGCAAAAAAUACAAAUAGUGAUCCUAUACUCAAUCAAAUAAAUUUGUUCCAUAAAUGGUUAGAUAGACAUAGAUAUAUGUGCGCAAAGUUAAAAAACAAAGAGGAUAUUUUGAACAAAUUGAAAGAAGAGUGGAAUAAAGAAAAUAACAAUAAUAGUGGUAAAACAUAUAAUAGUGAUAAUAAACCUAGUCAUAAUCAUGUGUUGAAUACUGAUGUUUCUAUUCAAAUAGAUAUGGAUAAUCCUAAAACAAAGAAUGAAUUUAAGAAUAUGGAUACAACCCCCGACAAAUCUACUAUGAAUACUAUGCUGGAUGAUCUAGAAAAGUAUAACGAACCCUACUAUUAUGAUUUUUAUAAAGAUGAUAUCUAUUAUGAUGUAAAUGAUGAUGAUAAAGCAUCUGUGGAUCAUAAUAAGAUGGAUAAUAAUAAUUCGGAUGUCCCCACUAAAGUACAAAUUGAAAUGAAUGUCAUUAAUAAUCAGGAGUUACUACAAAAUGAAUAUCCUAUAUCGCAUAUGUAG